AUGGGGUACACAAUGGACAUACACUAUCCUCUUGAACUUGUACGACUGCGUCACAUCGGCGACUUGGCCCUUCAGCGGCUGACUACGCCACUGCUGAUGAUAGUUCCAGCCGAACGUACGCCUGUGGCCCACAGUCCCACAGUGCUGCAAUCACAGGAUGGCCCCUUGACUGUCGCAUCGUGCGCACGACCUGGUGCAGUGCAAAGGGGGAAGACCAACAGCACGCGCUCGAGCAAGCAUGGUGUGGCGAACCAUGAGCGCAUGAGCGCGCAUGCCUCAGAAGUACAGGUGGCCGUCCCCGCUCGCAAUUGCCCCAGUCGUCUCCCUUGCCAACCUGUACCUCUAGCUCUUCUUUCCCGUUCGCUCAGCUACGUACGAAGCGGAGGGAACUUCCCCAGUAGAUGCGCUAGGAGUGAUAUCAUCGGCGCGUCUCUCAAACCCUACGUCGGUUCACCUCAUCGAGUCGGUUCGCUCCUCAACCGACUACAAAGUGCCCAAUGA